CUAGAGUGCGCUGUUUUGCGAUUAAUGGAAUAAUUGUUGGCUAAGGAAAAACAGUAAAAUUCAUUGAGAUAAUUGUGCUAAUAAGUUUUAACAUCAAUAUUAUUUAAACUGUAAACCUUUUACACAAUAUCAGUGAACGUUUUACAAUGUUUCUUGUAAAUAUUAAACCAGUAUGUUAUCAUCAGUUUAAUAUUGUGAGAGCAACCAAUAUGGCAGUGCAUUCGAAAACUACCUUCUGCUCCUAUGGCGGAUAAUAAUGUUGUAUAUACAUAUAUACAUAUACGAGGAAUAAACGCCUUAUUGAUAUUUUAUAAAAUGGUGAUAUCUUAAUAACAAACAUAAAUUAAAUAAUAUUCAUGAACUAGCAAUCAUUUGAAUGUACAACAUAACCGGAAGAGCUCUACAACGCAAUCGAUCGGCCAUCACCGACUCUCGAUUGACCAAGUUUGAAUCUUGUAACGGUCGCGCAGUAUCAGAUAAUAAACAUAAACUAAUGAUGGAGGACACAAAUGACGUAUUAGUAUGUGCAACAGAAUUCAUAAAAGAUCGGCUGUAUUUUGUGACAUUGAGGACAACAAUAAAACCAAAGAGUACUCCAAACACUCAUUAUUUUAGUAUUGACGAUGAAUUAAUUUAUGAAAAUUUCUAUGAUGAUUUUGGUCCAUUGAAUCUGGCUGUACUAUAUCAUUAUUGUCAAAAGGUCAAUAGAAAACUUAAAGCAGUAACUUUAAAAAAGAAAAAAAUUGUACAUUAUACAACUACAGAUCCAGGAAAAAGAGUCAAUGCUGCUUUCCUCAUAGGAAGUUAUGCUAUAUUAUAUUGUAAACGAACAGCAGAAGAAGCAUACAACUGUUUAACCAGUAGCCCUAAUAGUCCACCAUUUAUUAUGUUUCGGGAUGCUUCUGUUGGUACACCAUGGUAUCAAAUAUCCUUAAGUGAAUGUCUUAGUGCUAUAUAUAAAUGUCACAGGCUUGGAUUUUUCAAUUUUCAAGACUUCUGUGUUAAAGAAUACGAGUAUUUUGAAAGAGUCGAAAAUGGAGAUUUAAAUUGGAUUGUUCCUGGUAAAUUCAUUGCAUUUUGUGGACCUUAUGCUAAAUUUAAAAUAGAAGAUGGAUAUCCCCUUCAUGCACCAGAGUCAUAUUUUACAUAUUUCCGUUAUAACAAUGUAACUACCAUUAUACGCCUUAAUAAAAAAAUUUAUGAUGCUUCAAUUUUCACAGAUGCAGGAUUUGAUCAUAAAGAUCUAUUUUUUGUCGAUGGUUCGACCCCAACAGAUUCAAUUAUGCGGCAAUUUCUUAAAGUAGCAGAAAAUGCAUGUGGUGCUGUUGCUGUUCAUUGUAAAGCAGGGCUUGGUAGAACAGGUUCUUUAAUAGGCUGUUACAUUAUGAAACAUUAUCAUCUAACAGCUCAUGAAACAAUUGCGUGGAUAAGAAUAUGUAGACCAGGUUCAGUAAUUGGGCAUCAGCAAGAGUGGCUAGAAAAGAAAGAAGCAUAUCUUCAUUCUCUGUUGAAAGAACCAUUACAACCUCAGAACGGCAAUCCAGUACAUAAAUAUGGAAUAUACUCCAUAAUUGGUAGACCUAAGACGUCAUUUCUGUCUAAUUUAAAAGAUGGUCAUCUUGUACAAGAUAAUGUUUCGGGAAAAAUGCAUCGCGUGGAUGGAAUUGCAUUUCAUGACUUCAAACGUACUACAGGAACUAGUGCAACUAAGUACACAACUUUAACCGAGGGUGAUAAAUUGAAUCAACUGAAAGCCAAGAGAAAACGUUUGCUAACAAAUCAUGCUCCUGUUAAUACAAGUACUGGACCAUCAACAGUAGUACACCCUUACUUAAAACCAUUAUUACAAACAAGAAGUCAAAAGAAUGCAAUUAAUACAAUCGCUGGAAAUAAAGAGAAGGAUCCUACAAAAAAGCUUGUUCCUAGAGCAACUACAACUUUUACUAAAAGAAAUUGGAUGGCCCGCAGUAAUACCUGUGAUCCACCUCCACGGCGUGUUAAGUCUACCAAAUCAACAACACAGAUCCAUAAUAUCAAUAACAGCAGCAACAGUGGGAGCAGUAAUAAUACAACCACCGCCUCCACCACUACUACUACCACCACCAUCACCACCACUACCACGUCCAUGACCACUACUACCACCACUACCACCAUCAAAAAUAACAACAACAACAACAACAACAACAACAAUACAUCUACCAGUAUUUCCGUUACCUCGAUAUCUAUACCGAAACCAUCGGUAACAAGGGCCAAGAUGACAAAAUCUAUAAGAACCUCAUGCAUCACAGAAACCCGUACUACUAAUGCGCCUACAAACAGUUCGGUUACGCAACCACAGCAAGGCACAAAUAUGAUCCUCAGGUCUGCAGAUCGAGUAAAUCGCUAUCAUUCUUUAAGACAUGCGCGCACGACCAAAAGUUAUAAAACUGCAUUUAUCAGAUGACUAACCGAUGUUCUAAGUGGCAUUGAAAAGGACAAUCCAGUAACUCAAGUCUAUCAACAGCGCAGAAGAUCUCAUCGUUUAAAUCCGACCAUUUAAUAGAAACGUCUUAUUGAUCUUCAAUCGCCAAUUCAAACGGCUAUUGCUUUUAUCACGAUUAACGGAGAACAAGUAGAUCUAUAGUUAUCAUCAGCCUUCUCAAGGUAGUUUAUUUUACGUUUAUAUUUAUAUUUCGGAUUAUAAGUUUCUCAUGUUUACACAAUUAACGAUCUAUGUGGCUUUUAAAGUUCUUCCAUAUUUUGCGAUGCGUUGAACGUUCGCAAUAAAUAUCAACAUAGCUUUUUGUUAAUUUUAAUUUACUGCAUUAAAAAAUUUCUGCUGGCCAGAAAAAAUAUAUUCAAAUAAUGUUAAAUAUAGUAAUAUUCCUUUCUAUUACUUAUCUCUAUCUGGUGAAAACUUACUAUUAUUCACAUUUAAAUUUCAUCAGAGUAAUGUUGCUUAAAUGAAAGUUGUGUAGCCUUUCAAUGAUCAUUUUGUUGUAAAUAAAUUAGUCUUUUCUUGUUUUGACACCAGUGACUUUAUCAACAAUCGAAUUUGAUUUUUAAUUUUUAUUAGCACGCAAUGAUCUUUGUUAAGCAAUAUUUUUGUUAUUACGAUCAAAAACAUUAAAGUGAGUAGAAACUUACAAUCCUAAUGUGCAUUCAUUACUUAUACUAUGUAAUUAAUAUGGUUUAUUUAUCAUUACACAAAAGAUAAUAUUUGAAGAUAAACAUAAUAUUUGUUCAUAUAACUAUUAAAUGAUAGAAGAAUGUUACAUAUUAUAUAGAUUUUUUAAUUUUAAGUUGAAACAGUUUAUAAAAAAUCAUACUAUCCGCAUAAUAUGCUUUAAUAAGAAAUUGCAAUCAUAGUGUAAUGGAAGUAAAUUUAAUAUAUUAAAAGGGCUACAUAAUUAAUAUGAUUAUGUUGUUAUGUAUAAUAGUUUUAACUGUGUCUUCAGAUUUUUUUUUUACUCAUUAACAUAGAUAUGUUAAAUGUUACAUUUUUGGCUGCUAUUUGUCUUACAUUACUUCAUAGUAAUUUUGAUACAAAACAUAUCAAGUAAUGUGAUUAAAAAUAACAUUAGUGUGUUCAAAUACUUUGUGAAAUAUAUAAGAGUCUGUAAACCUUUGUCUUUAAAUAUGAGUAUGAAACAAAGAAAUAAGUUUUAACAAAUUUGAGAAUGGAAUAUCCAGAUACAAAAUAAGAUACAUCAAUAAUGUGUAUUAUUAACUGCUUUGAUAUUUCAUUCUUUUGAUACAAGUAUAAUUGAAAAUAGUUUAAAAGCUGGAAGAUUUACAUUUUUUUAAAUAAUCCGAGGAUACAGUUAAAAAAAUCAUUUACUUUUCAAAAUUGUAUGUAUGAUGUAAAUAAUAGUAAUAAAUGUUUAAUGUACAAAUACUGUUAAAUGCAAUUAUAAGAUACACAGGCACUGUUUUCAAAUGUUUGUAACUAUAAUGGCUUUUGCAAAACAAUAUUGUAUAUUCUGCUGCAUAUUUUCUAAUAACAUUUUCCAGUUUUAACAUUGCUUUGUAUUUUAAAUAUUUUAUUAAAAAUUGUUCCUGCACUUACAAAUUGCUUUAGUACAUGAUUUUAUAAAAAUUGAGUAUACAGUGUGUAAAUUGUAUUUACUGUUUAACAAAAUUACUUUUAUUAAUAUAGCUUAAAAAAUACUAUGAAAAUAUUAAUGCACUUUAAAUAUUUUAAAUAUUUAAAAGGAAUUGUAUAAAUUUUACUAUAAUAUUAAUGGCAGUAAAAUUGUCCGAAUAUAUUCGCAUAAUUAUACAUGAUAGUGUGUAGUAUAAUUCAUGUAUAAUUAUUAUUUUAUUUUUUAUGAUUGUGGAAUAUGCAAUUAAAUUAAUAAUGAUGUGUAAUGUGGAUAUAGAUAGAUUUUAUGUAAAAGAAUAUAUGGUGUAUGUGUAUAUACACAUAUAAUAUGUAUAUGUUUGUAAACAUAAAAACUAAUAACUAUUUUAAUAAAUUAAAACAUUUCAUGAAGAAAUGUCAUUGAUAUAUACAAAGAUAUUUUAAUAAUAUAAAAUGAAUCGUGGUAUGCUAAAUUUUUAAAUGUAAGAUUAAAAAGAAAGUAAGUUUUGUUUAAUAACAAAAAGAACAAAAUUGUGAAAUCAAUUGUACAUUUAUCAUUUUUAUAAGAAUUGAAUUUGUAAUUACAGAUUGUAAUUAUCGCAAGCAACACUUUUUACGAAUAAUUUGUAACUAAUGAAAUGGAGUUGAACAUAACAUUAUAUAUAUGAAAGUCCUUGUACUAAUGAUUGUCUACUACUAAACAAUAUCAUAUAACGCAUUAAUUACACUUUCGUAAUAGUGUUAGACAAAUUGUAUAUUUACAAAAGUAGGUAGUAUUAUCAUUUAAUUAUGUAGUUAAUCGUAUAUGCGCGUAUGAGUGGACAUAUGUAGGUGUAUGCGUGUAUCUUUAAACACAUAGUGUUUCAAUUUUUGCCUUACACGCGUAAUUCAACUUAUAGAGAAAUUCUUUCAUAUAUUUUGUAAACAAAAAAAUGAGUGAUUAAUUCUGAAAUAUUUUAUUUUUUGUUUGUAACUCAUUAUAGAGUACAAGGUACAUUAUGUUAUAAAAUAUACUGUUGUGUAUUGUAUGUACAUCUCACUAGCAAUCAAAAUCAAAGUGUAAAAUGAAUUGCACUUUGAUUGAAAAAAUAUCUUUAUCUACUAUUAAUCUUAUGUUCAAGUUUGAUAACAUAAGAUAUCAAUGGAGUAUUAUUCAACAAAUAUAGCAUAUAAACAUUUUAAAAUUACAAUGUAUUAAUUGUUUAAUGUGCUUUAUAUACACAUACGUGCAAAUCUACUUUAUAUUAUGUUAUAAAUCUAAUAAAGACUAUGUAUUUUACUUA